AGCAGCUUCCUUCCUCAGGCUCCCCUCGUGAGGCUGACCAAGCGGGUGUAGUCGGAGGGGGGGCUCCCGCUGGGGGAAACCGGCAAGGGCAAGAGCUGUUGGGCCGCCUCCCAUUCGCGCCGUCUGUCGGUCGGUGCCUCCGCUCGCGUGUCCGUCCAGGGUGCCGGGGGAUGUGUGUCAGUUUACGCCUCUGAGAUCACACAGCUGCCUGGGAGCCGUGCGAUGCCCACGGCAAGUCUUGGCUUUUCUUUUUGUUAUUGUUUUUACAUUUGGCUUUUGGGAAAUAUUCGUGAUGUUGUAGGAUAAAGGAAAUGACACUUUGAGGAACUGAAGAGAACAUACAUGUGUUUUGUUCUUGAGAGGAAACUCGUCCCCUCUUCCCGGCUUGCUCCUUUGCUGAUUUCAGGAGCUACCCUCCUUCGGGCGAGGUGGGGAUUCCAGCAAGAAUAAAGGUGAAGACGGGCCGUCAGGACCCAGGAGGGAAAUACUGACCAUUAGAAACCUUUGCAGAAGACAUUAUAAGGAAGAAAAUAAGAGAGAGAGAAAAAACACAAAGACUUUUAAUUAUACAAGAAGCCUCCAAAUCCAGCUCUGGAGAAAGCCUCCUCCGAAAUGGAUAUGUUUCCUCUUACCUGGGUUUUCUUAGCGCUCUACUUUUCAGGACAUGAAGUGAGAGGUCAACCAGACCCACCCUGUGGAGGUCGUUUGAAUUCCAAGGAUGCUGGCUACAUCACCUCCCCAGGCUAUCCCCAGGAUUAUCCCUCCCACCAGAACUGCGAGUGGAUUGUUUAUGCCCCCGAACCCAACCAGAAGAUUGUCCUCAACUUCAACCCUCACUUCGAAAUCGAGAAGCAUGACUGCAAGUAUGACUUCAUUGAGAUUCGGGAUGGGGACAGUGAAUCCGCAGACCUCCUGGGAAAGCAUUGUGGGAACAUCGCCCCGCCUACCAUCAUCUCCUCUGGCUCUGUACUCUACAUCAAGUUCACAUCUGACUACGCCCGGCAGGGGGCAGGCUUCUCCCUGCGUUAUGAGAUCUUCAAGACAGGCUCUGAAGAUUGUUCAAAGAACUUCACAAGCCCCAAUGGGACCAUCGAAUCGCCUGGGUUCCCUGAGAAGUACCCACACAACUUGGACUGCACCUUUACCAUCCUGGCCAAACCCAAGAUGGAGAUCAUCCUGCAGUUUCUGACCUUUGACCUGGAGCAUGACCCUUUGCAGGUGGGAGAGGGAGACUGCAAAUAUGAUUGGCUGGACAUCUGGGAUGGCAUUCCACAUGUUGGCCCCCUGAUUGGCAAGUACUGUGGGACCAAGACACCCUCCGAACUCCGUUCUUCUACAGGGAUCCUCUCACUGACCUUUCAUACGGACAUGGCGGUAGCCAAGGAUGGCUUCUCUGCACGUUACUACCUAGUUCAGCAAGAACCACUAGAGAACUUUCAGUGCAAUGUCCCCCUGGGAAUGGAGUCUGGCCGGAUUGCUAAUGAACAGAUUAGUGCAUCAUCUACCUACUCGGACAGGAGGUGGACCCCUCAACAAAGCCGGCUUCAUGGUGAUGACAAUGGCUGGACCCCCAACUUGGAUUCCAACAAGGAGUAUCUCCAGGUGGACCUGCGCUUUCUAACAAUGCUCACGGCCAUUGCAACUCAGGGAGCAAUUUCCAGGGAGACCCAGAAUGGCUACUAUGUCAAAUCCUACAAGCUGGAAGUCAGCACAAACGGUGAAGACUGGAUGAUGUACCGGCAUGGCAAAAACCACAAGGUAUUCCAGGCCAAUAACGAUGCCGCCGAGGUGGUUUUGAACAAGCUCCACAUGCCACUGCUGACGAGGUUCGUCAGGAUCCGGCCUCAGACCUGGCACUCGGGCAUCGCCCUCCGGCUGGAGCUCUUUGGCUGCCGGGUCACAGAUGCUCCCUGCUCCAACAUGCUGGGGAUGCUCUCGGGCCUCAUCGCGGACUCCCAGAUCUCUGCCUCCUCCACCCGCGAGUACCUGUGGAGCCCCAGUUCUGCCCGCCUGGUCAGCAGCCGCUCGGGCUGGUUUCCUCGGAUCCCUCAGGCCCAGCCGGGUGAGGAGUGGCUUCAGGUGGACCUGGGAGCCCCCAAGAUGGUAAAGGGCGUCAUCAUCCAGGGGGCCCGCGGAGGAGACAGCAUCACUGCAGUGGAAGCCAGGGCCUUUGUGCGCAAGUUCAAAGUCUCCUACAGCCUAAAUGGCAAGGACUGGGAAUACAUCCAGGACCCCAGGAUCCUGCAGCCGAAGCUGUUUGAAGGGAACAUGCACUAUGACACCCCUGACAUCCGGAGGUUUGACCCUGUUCCAGCGCAGUACGUGCGGAUUUACCCAGAGAGGUGGUCGCCAGCAGGGAUCGGGAUGCGGCUGGAGGUGCUGGGCUGUGACUGGACAGACUCAAGGCCCACAGUAGAGACACUGGGACCCACCAUGAAGAGCGAAGAGACAACCACCCCGUAUCCCAUCGACGAGGAGGCCACAGAGUGUGGGGAGAACUGCAGCUUUGAGGAUGACAAAGAAUUGCAGCUCCCAUCAGGAUUCAAUUGCAACUUUGAUUUCCCUGAGGAGACCUGUGGUUGGAUGUAUGACCAUGCCAAGUGGCUCAGGAGCACCUGGACCGGCAGCUCCAGCCCAAAUGACCAGACUUUUCCAGAUGACAAGAAUUUCCUGCGGCUGCAGAAUGAUGGCCGGAGGGAGGGCCAGUACGCACGGCUCAUCAGCCCACCUGUCCACCUGCCCCGAAGCCCCGUGUGCAUGGAGUUCCAGUAUCAAGCCACAGGCAGCCACGGGGUGACGCUGCAGGUGGUACGGGAAGCCAGCCAGGAGAGCAAGCUCCUGUGGGUCAUCCGCGAGGACCAGGGCAGCGAGUGGAAACACGGGCGGAUCAUCUUGCCUAGCUACGACAUGGAAUAUCAGAUUGUGUUUGAGGGAAUGAUAGGGAAAGGCCGUUCAGGAGAGAUUGCCAUUGAUGAUAUUCGGAUAAGCACCGAUGUCCCACUGGAGAACUGCAUGGAACCCAUCUCAGCUUUUGCAGUGGACAUCCCAGAAAUACACGGGAGAGGGGGCUAUGAUGAGGAAAUUGAUGAUGAGUACGAGGUGGAUUGGAGCAACUCUUCUUCCCCAACCUCAGGGUCUGGUGUCUCCUCGUCCGACAAAGAAAAGAGCUGGCUGUACACCCUGGACCCCAUCCUCAUCACCAUCAUCGCCAUGAGCUCACUGGGUGUGCUCCUGGGGGCCACCUGUGCCGGGCUCCUGCUCUACUGCACGUGCUCCUACUCCGGCCUGAACUCACGCAGCUGCACCACGCUGGAGAACUACAACUUCGAGCUCUAUGACGGCCUCAAGCACAAGGUCAAAAUGAACCACCAGAAGUGCUGCUCCGAGGCAUGACGGAUUACACCCGAAUCACAUCUGACAUUUCAUUCCAGCAAGACAGGCUGGUGAAGAUUAGAUUUUUUUUUCCUUUGGGAACGGAAUGCCAUAAUCUCGGUCAAACUGAUCCCGAAUACCGAAGGUGUGGACAAGACAGGCAGGCAAGUCGAAGGAAGGGGGGAGACACAGCCCACGCAGGGGAUCACUGCUCACCAAGGACCGCGGUGGCUGAGUCACUGCAGCGACGGGGCUGUGCUCUCUGCUGGGACAAAGACAGGAGCUCAUCUCUUUGGGGUCACAGUUCUAUUUUGUUUGUGUGUUUGUUAUUAUUCUAUUUUAUUUUCUUUGGUCUGUGAGCAACUCAAAGAGGCAGAACAGGAUAAUGACCUUUGCAGUGGUCGGAGCUGAGUGUUGAUGUUGUUCUCCGCUUUCUCUUUCUAAUCAACACUUGAAAAGCUAAGGGUGUUUUCGGCCUUUCCAUCUUUAGAAAUAAAACACAAACAAAGCUGUCCAGCUUAUCCCAGGCUCUGGGCAUCUCAGACCUUUGGGGAUUUGCUGUAGUGGAGGUUCUGCCAGCCAUCCCUACAAGCUGCCGUUGCCAGUCCUAGCAUUUAAGUAGGAUGUUGUUGCCUUUAACUUUUUUUAUCCAGGGGAAAAUUGCCAUUCUAGAGUCAGCAUAAACAGCUCUUUCUUAUAUGGGAUUCAAAACAAACCAGAAAGGAAACUUCACAACACAAUCCAGAGACACACCUCCAUGUUAGAAGCAGACAAGCCUUAAAGUGCUUUGUGAAUAGGAGCCAUUCAUUCAGUCUAGACCCAGAGUUUGUGGCCAUGGGGAAGCUUUCCUUGUGGGGGCUCUGGUGGUGGUUUUGCCUUUUCUGUUCCCUUCCCCUUAUUCUCCUAAAACACACACAACACACUACGCAUUUGUCAGAUCUCUUGUUGUCAGUUGCUGUCAAGUUGAUUCCAACUCAUGGCAACCCCAUGUGUGCAGAGUAGAACUGCUCCAUAGGGUUUUCCAGGCUGUGACCUUUUGGCUAGUAGUCCAGCACUUAGCCAUCUGCACCACCCGGGGACUCCUGUGAGGGCUCUAAACCCUAGGAAAUAGCGUUGUUUGAUAUUCUCAGAGGCCGGGCAGGGAAAAUACAGGCUCUCAGUGUGUUUUCUCCACCAGUGACAUGUUGUACCUGGUGACCCUGGGUGGAAGGAAGAGCAGUGGAGAGGGAAACAGAAGCCCAGCUCUGUGACCGUGUGAUGGCAAAGGCUGGGCAGCCUGUGCAGACAGACAUUUUGAUGAAUAAGUCUCUCUGACAGGCUAGUAAACACUGAUUUCCCCUUUGGGUUACAGCCACCACCUCAGCUUUUCAUGAGAGUCAGAGCAAAGAUAUAUACGAACUGAUUCCAACCAGAAGUCUGCAAGUACUUGGGACCAAAAUGCUAACAACGCUGCUUCAACCCCAGAGAGACUUAGGUUCUUACACGCACACACACGCACACACGCACACACACGCAUACACAUGCACGCACGCACAUGCACACGCAUGCACGCACACACACACCAAUUUAUGUGUUUUUUAUUAAGUGCCUUGAAAAAUGAAGAAAAAUGUAUUUUCCCCGCUGUAGAAAUCAACGAAUAUCAUACAAGUUAAGGCAUUCCUCCUUCCC